CGCCUUGAAAACAACUUUGGGAUCUCUGGAAGGGGGAAUCAGCAGAGCGUCUUCCGCCCAUCUGGAUUUCCGCACCCCAGAGAUGGCGGCCUUGAGCGAGCCAUGAUAAAAUACCGCUUUUGAAGAGGCUGCGGGACUCGGUUGCCCUUGAGGAAUCCGGCUGCUCCACUUCUCCCACAGAGCCUCUUCGGGCUGGGGUGCACAAUUUAAAGGAGAGAAUGCCGUUGGUCAACGGGCUGGUUCCCUCUCGGUUCCUGACCCUCACAGCUCAUCUGGUCAUUGUCAUCACCAUCUUCUGGUCCAGGGAAAACAAUGUCCGAGCUUCCCUCCCUCUUCAGUGUACCCAGGCGGAAUAUGACAGCCGAGACACCGAGAUGGUGGUGGCCCUGUCAGUAACCCUCGGGCUGUUUGUGGUGGAGCUGGCUGGCUUUCUCUCCGGGGUGUCCAUGUUCAGCAAUGUGCAAGGCCUCCUCUGUAUCCUUUCCAAAGAGCACGGGGAUCAGCCAAGGGGAAGCAGAGGGGGUGGGGUGCGGGGAGAGAACCCCCGUGAAAAGCAGCUUGGGAAGUUACUUGCAGGGGAGGAGAGCUGA